AUGGGUCAACCGCAAAGGAGACAUAAAGUUCAUCAUUCCGUUCGUGAUGUGAAGAGAGCUGGGCGCACAAGGGCUAGGACAAAGGACCUAGAUCAAAUUUUCGAUGAUCUAAAGACUCCGAAAGUGUUGACUCAACAAGCACCUGAUGCAGAACUACCCGGGCUAGGACAGCACUACUGCCUUCACUGCGCUCGAUACUUUGUUACUCAAACAGUCAUGGAUUUACAUCUAAAGACUAAACUACACAAGAAACGUGUCAAGACAUUGCUCGUCCAGCCAUACACGCUAAAGGAGAGUGAAGAAGCUGCUGGCUUGAAGACUGAUAAUGGCACCAGAUCGCAUGUUGCCGUUAUGGAGCUGUAA